AAUGACCGCUCCAUCCACAUUUACAAUUUUAACUUUCGGAGGUUUCAUUCUUUUCUCUAUAGCUGGAAUUGCAACCUCCAACAAGUAAGAAUUAAAACUAUUGAAGUUAAAUCUAUCAAAUUACUUUGAAGCUACUUCUGACUAUUGUGUCAGUCGUGAUGAUCUAUGAAUUUUUCUUCAGAAGCAACAAUGAGAAACCAGUUAUGAUUAAGUCACCAUCCAAACAAAUUAAUUUUAGUGCAUUCGAUAGGAAUCAAGAGUUCAUCCAAUAGCCAGAAUAUCGUGGUAUUUGAUUAUUGUAAUCAUUAAGUGCAAUAAUCAGAAAUGCUUAACACUCAAACAGAGUCUGUUGAAAGACAAGUCUCUAAAGAGAGAGAAAGAAUCUUGAGUAAGGAGCAAAGAAAAAAUAAUAUGAAAAUGCGUAACAUAUUUGAUCGUUAUUAUUGCAGAUUUUAUGUAAGACAGAGACAAUGAGGAAUGGCCUAUGCAAUUUAAAAAUGGCUCUUAUAGACAUUAUUAUCAGGAUGAUACUCGAUCAUAAUAUAGUUUGGCUCAAACUUAGUCUUAUUAAUAAAUUCAAACCAUGGGUAUGAGCACCUAUAAUAGUAAACAAUAACGUGGCACUCCAGAUUAUGAGAUCCAAUAGAAGAGUAAGAAUUCAGAAGUGAUCUUAUCUAAACUAAUAAAAAAAAUGAGUGAUGCUCAUUAAAAAGCAGAAGAGCUAUUUAUGAAUUCAUUCAUUCCCACAUUUGUUAGAGAAUUUUAGGAUCAUCUAGUAAAUGUGAAUAGAAUGAUGAAAGAACAUUUCCAAUAGAAAAUAAUUGAAAUUGAUAUCUUCUAUGCCAAUAAACCCUUUGAUAUCAAUUCCAAUAAACAUGAGAAAUCUAUUGGACUCAAAAGUGUCACAAUGGAGGAUGUGUUCUUUCUCAAGAAUAAAAUUAAAAGCAGAUCAAGAGAACCAGUAAAAGCACCAACUAAUUUUGAGAAAUUUGCAAAAGAGAAAGAAGAAUUCAUUAAGGAAUGUGAUCUCUUGGAAUUGUUUUGCAAUAUUUUAGAUGUGUCUCUCAUCAACAGAAAAAUAAGCUAUGAUAAGAAACUAUUCUUGACCAAAUUAAUAGACUUUUCAGAAAACAAUUGUAAACCAAAAUAUCUCUCCGAUGGUUUGAAUGAGAAAAUAGUUAGCGAUUAUGAAGUAAGCUUGUGUCUGUAUGUAGUUACUCUUUACUGUCUUUAUUAAUGUUCUCUUAAAAUGUGUUAGAUAUGAAAAACAAAAAUAUAAUAAGGAAAAUAAUGAAGUAAAUCUAAAUGCAUGGAAAUCCAUUGAAGUCAGUUUAAUUGGACUUGAGAGUCUAGGAAACACUGAAUCUGCGCCUCAUAAUCUAACCUCAAAUUAGAAUGAAUCUUCAAGUCAAACGUAAAAAUAAACUGAAUAGAUUAAGUAAAUAAAUAUACAUUUAAAUUAGAAAUCUAAUUAUCAAUCAAAAAAUAGAAUAAUAUGUUUCUGAACCUCAAUUUCAUUAUUACAGUGAUUGCAUAGUCAAGGCGUUGACUAAGGAUAAAGAGAUUAAGACAUUCAAAUAGGAGUACAUACUGUAUACCCCCAGAGUAAUAAAUUUGGUUAUUGAUCUUAGGAUUAAAACUCAUUGUUUUGUUUAAUAAGCUAUUAUCUACUUCAUUUGUUGAAUGUUCCCAAAUAGCAUUGGUAAUAAUUGUAAUAGAUGGAAAUGGAUUAAAAAAUGAUCAAAUGCUUAAUUAGAAUGGCAAAGGAUUUUUCAUAUUUAGUAGCAAAUGUGUGA